AUUAUAAGUUGAAUAUAAUUAAGCAAUAUUUACAAAAUAAACGAUAAUUAACUUAUUUAUGACUAUGUACAUGUAAGUAAAAUAUUUUCCGUGUCGUGUUUUGUUCGUAAAACUUUCAAGAGGCAUAUUAGAAAAAUAAUUAUAAUAUCAUUAAAAUGAUUGAUAUAGGAAGUUUACCUGUGGAAACGUUAUUAGAAAUACUCCUAAAUACGAACGGUGUUACUCUGGGUAGGUGUAGAAGAGUUUGUAAACAAUGGAAAGCAAUCAUAGACGAGUCGGACUUGAUUUGGUACGAGAUCUGCAGAAAAGAGUUUAUGUAUUCUUCUAGAAUUGCAAAGAGUAAAGCAGGCGAUGAAUGCAGCUGGUAUCAUAUAUAUAAAAAUCUAAGAAUGUGGUGCAGUGUUACCUCUUUUCAGAGAAACAUAAGAGAAUUUUACAAUUUUUCAUUGCACGACAAAAAUCAUGCAUUACCCAUUAAUUAUAAUGUAUUACCCUUGAAAGACACUAGAGGUGUUGUACUUUAUGAUAUGGCUACAUUAAAGAAUAUUCCAGUAUCAGUUCCUGAGAGAAAUUGUCUUAAAGUUGAGAGCAAUGAUUCUGUUACAGUAAUACUGUUGAAGUCUGGCUUAUUUCUACAAAGAACUGUACAGUCAGAAGGAGAGAUGAGCGAGGCUUUUUUUAAUGCCGAUAAUUUUAUUCUAACUUGUGAUGUACUAUAUUUUUAUAAUAACAGAGAUGUUUACAGAUGUGAAAUAAAACCAAAUAAUUUAUCGUCACAUCUAAUUUUACAUUGUGAUUAUGACAUCAAGGUGAUGCAAUAUGAUGAUGGUACAUUACAUUUGUUUACGGAUUGUGGAAGGAUUGUUAAUGUUGGUAAAGAUAAGAAAGUAACAGUGAAGUCAAUAGAUUGUCCACCAGAGUGGGUGAGACAAAUAAAACAUAUUUGUGUUAUAAAUGAUAAAAAUUUUGUUUGUUACUCACGAAAUCUAUUCAAAAUUGAGACGAGUAAAUAUCAACAUUUAUAUUUGGAUUUCCCGCUAAUUACAGCAUUAUUUUUUUAUGCUGAUAUAGUAUUAAUAGGGACAAAGACUGGUCAGAUACUGCUAUAUCGUUUGGCAUCUCAGAAAGUAGCAACCAAACCUAUAUUUGAAGAGAUAGCUGUUUUGCCAAAUGGGAAAUUUGCAGUACAUAUAGAUGUCUGCGAGAGAAAGACGGGACCAGUUAUAGUAAUAGGUACAUUCUUUAAAAUCAUGGUUAUAGAAAUUGAUUUCUUUCCACAUGAAAAAGAAAAGAAAACAUCAUUUGGCUCCAGUAAAUUACGAAUGUAUAAAAGAUUAUUAAGAUUACGGGACAGACUGAAAGUUAGCUAAUUAUACUUAUGUAUUACAAUAGAAAUAUACUGUGAAAGUAGACCAAAAACACAUGAAUUAGAGAAG